GGUGCUCGUUCCGUUCCGAAUCCUGCAGGCCAGCCCAACAGCCCAGUCUACAAUGGACUUAAUUGUCAUCUUGUGUCCUUGUGCUGUACUCAAGUGUGUUAUAAUGUGCCAGUGUCUAGAUUUUCUAGUUUCUUUAAUAUAUUUGAUAUGUCCAUAGGUCCCAAUGUGUAUAAUGUGCUAGCUUGUUUCCUAUGGGCCCUGGUAUAAGGAAUACAUUGUGGCCGCCCCCUGUGCAAUUUGCCCACACAUUGAUAUAUAGACUGGCCCAUGUGCCCCAGUGAAAUUGCACCGCCUGCACACUCGAUAGCUAUCCCACUGCAUUAAUCCUGGAUGUAUUUUGGGUGUACAAAUUGUCUUUGGUUACCGCUGCAUUCAGGAGAGCAUCUACCUUGAGAACCAGAUGAAGAAGCUGAGAAAAUCACAGGCUUUCUACUUCUUGGACUACUGGUGAGCUCUCUGCUGGAAGGCUGGGUUGACAGCAGUGAGUGCGCUCCCUACUGACCCACCGCGUGUCGAGUCAAUGGUUCGAUUCCCGUAACAGCGACCCCUACCUCCUCCCAUCCCACUUCUUUCAUAUUUUUCGGAUCCACACAGUAUGCCUCUAUGUCCUCACCUCCCCUAUCUCUCAUACAUAUACCACUUCCCAGUACACACAAUCUUGUUCCAAACUCUUACUCAUGGCUACAAAGAAAACAGGGAUACACAGACAUACAUUUCCUUCUGUUUGUAUGCAUAUCUCUCACCUGCCUGUUUCUCCCAACGUGCCUCGGCUACCUGUCUCUCAACCGCCCGUGUUUCACCUGUGUGUGUGUGUGCGCUAUGUGCCUGUGUCCCCCGUUGCAGGAACGUACUGGACUGGGUGGUGCUGCUGGCGCUGUUGGCAGCGCUAGUGACACAUGUGGCGGACGUGAUAGGGCCGAGCGCCGCCCUCGCUCGCACCCACGUGCGCCUGGCAGCCGUGGCAAUAGUACCGCUGUGGAUGUGCAACCUCAAGCAGAUGCGGUCCUUCUGGGUGAUCGGCCCCUUCAUCGUGAUGCUGGGCAAGAUGGCCGUCCACUUCUUCAAGCUCCUCUUCCUCCUCCUGCAGUUCUUUGUGCCGUACAGCAUCGCGUUCCUACUCGUGUUCCACAAUUCUGGCAUCCAGACCCUGGCAUCGGGCCACAUGACGGCGUUCCAAGUGCUGCGCUUGGGCUUCACAGACGAAUACGAGGCGCUGGCCAUGCUGGCCUACGCGCCGCUCAUGACCCCGCUGCUCGUCGUCUCCUACGUGGGCCUCGUCUCGAUCGUCUGUCUCAACAUCUUCGUGGCUAUGCUCAACGACGCCUACGAGAGUGUGAGCGAGGACCCGCGUGCCAAUAUGUACAUGCAGCGCGCCAGCGUGCUGCUGGGGCUAGAGAAGAGCGUGCUGCUCCGCGGGGAUCGCGAGGUCACUCGCCGGUUCCUGCACAACGAAUGCUCGCCACUCCACGCCUUCUACGGCCACGAACGUGUAGUACAGACAGAAUUCGAGUUGCUCACGGCAGCGUGUGAAAUCCAGGAUGGUCUGGAGGAACUCUGGGAGUACGUGCGUGAUGACCACACAAACGGAGGGACCAAGGAGAUGUCUUUCACCACCAGGCCUCAGUCUCCCCGGCCGUUUCCAUCGGGCUCUCUGUCAUCGGUGUGCCAGGAGGUGCUAGAUAUUCACUGGCAGCUGGACCUGCUGCGCAUGGAGCAGCGUGACACCACUGCCCACCUGAAAUACAUGCUGCGCAACCUGCACCAGCGGCUCAACGCAUACACCCCCAUAGGCACCUGCGCUUCCCUACAUACCCUCACACGUGCAUACACACAUGUACACUCACAGACGCAAACUGGUACAGCCUUGUAGAUGCACCUACAUAACCUAAAGGCUUUCGUUGUUGCUGCAGAUGGGCAACCAGGGGCCAUGGAUGGUGCGAGUGCAGGGUUUGUGGAGGGAAUGGAGAGACCACCAUUGCACGUUGUUUGGGAGCGGCCGGACCAACCCAGCGAAAGCAGGUGCGAGAGGCAACAGAGGCACACAACAUCUAGCUGAGAGCGUCUGAUGACUGUAAACCAAUUUUUCUCAACUCCAAUCCCCACAAUAUCCGCACGCUCCCACAUUAAUGAUUUGCCCCCCUCAUUAUUAGAUACAUUAUCUUGAUUCAGGAUCACAAUACGAUAAAAACAUAUUUUUGUUAAAUAAGUAUUAUUAUACAUGUUUUACAUUGCGGUGAAUGUAGCACCUCUGUCUGCAGUGGUUACGUGAACCCAUAACAUACACAACACAUAAUAAAUCAUGAAUUCCUACAUAUCCGCUUCAUGCCUAGAAGACACAAAAUGGCUGGAUUGCUCAAUGCAGUCAUGAGGAGUGAUGGUGAGAUCGAGACCUAUUUAUAACGCUUUGGUUCUGGUACCGCUUUGCUGUUAAGGGGCCGUCCAUAAAUGACGUCACGCGAUUUUGGACGA